AUGGAGAGGUGUGGUAGAAGCUCUAGAGACAACAGCAACAAUCACAACAACGACAACAACAACAAGGUUAGAGAGCCAUGGAGUUUUGGCCAAGUGGGACAAGGGGACACUGUUUGUAGUGACUUGAUAGGAGGCUUCUCAUGGCCUCCAAGGUCAUAUAUUUGUAGCUUUUGCAAGAGGGAAUUUAGGUCAGCGCAGGCUCUUGGGGGUCACAUGAAUGUCCAUAGAAGGGACAGAGCUAGGUUGAGGCAGUCCCUACAAUGGGAUCCCCCACUUUCUAACCAUAACCCUAACCCUAAUCCAAGGGGCACCCUUAUCCCUAACCUUAAUAUUUCACCACCUUCUAACACUGGUGAUGCUAAGCUUUCUCCAAGGACCAAUAGAUUCCCCUCCCUUCUCUCUUCCUCGUCGUGUUCGACCUCCUUAGGUCAACUGUUCAGCUCGAGAGGUGGACAUUUCAACGGCAUGGAGGCAGUGAAGGCCUUUCUUGGGGUCGAAGAGUUGAGAGAUCUUGUGAAGGAAGGCACGGCUGAUGCGUUCCGAAAGGAAGGAGAGGUUGUGAGACUGGACUUGGAGAUUGGAACAAGCGGUGAUUCGGAGGAAGAUGAUUUGGAUUUAGAGCUUCGACUUGGGUACACUUGA